CGAAAGCGCCGGGUACAGCCCCAUGUCAUCAACGGGUGCGCUCAAGCCGGGCUGCCAGGUGCACGCGAUCACGUGUAAGGUACCCAACGCGGAGGUGGGCGUGUUCGAGCAGCUGCUGGCAAAGCACGAGGCGUUCAUGCGCGAGACGCACCAGCCGGGCGGCGACUCCGAGCCUCACGCAAUGGUGUUCACGUGGUGCAAGUCGGCUGGUGAGGAGAGCACGCUGUACGGGCUGCACGAGUGCUACCGUGGCGCGAAGGGAUGCACCGAGCACCUCGUCGUUGCUUCGGCGAAGGCGCCACAGCUCCUUGAGGAGUUUGGCGCCAUCGUCGGCAAGCACGCCAACUCGUGGGUGACAUUCGCGCCGGUCAUCCACACGAUGAAGGAUUCGAUGGUGGAGGGAAUGGCAGCGGUCGACUGCGACAAGAAGAUGUUCCAGCUGCACUUCAACGUCGACGAGGGCUCCGACGCCGAGAAGGAGAUGGACGCUUUCGCCGCCGACCACGCCGCCUUUAUGGAGGAGACGCACACGCCCAACGGCAGCGGUGCUGAGCCUUCGCCGCUCUACUUUGUGUGGACGAAGAGUGCGCAGUUCAAGGACCCCUUCGACCCCUCCAAGGGGAGUGAGCCCAAGGUGCAAUUCUCGCUCACCGAGAUCUACAAGGGGCAGGAGGGCUGCGACGCGCACAUGGCGGCCGGCCAGGCGAACGCGCCGCUCUUCGCGCGCUUCCAGGCGGUCGUCGAGAAGCACUCGGUCGCCACGUGCAUGAUGGCGGACGUGAUCCGCUCAAUGCGCUGAGCGGAGCGGUGGCGCGCGACACGAAUUCGCGAGCGAGGCGGCGCGUGCAGGCCGGCGCGCACAGCGAGCUGACCGCUGGCGCUCGGUGGCGUUGCGUCUGUGCUGGAUUAGCUAGAUGGGGUAGAUGGGCGCGCGACACGAACUCGCGAGCGAGGCGGCGCGCGCAGGCCAGCGCGCAGCGAGCUACCGCUGGCCACGUACAUCGGCCCUGGACUCUCUGUCUCUCUUGAAAGCACUUGUCUGGAGGAGGCCCACGGUGUGUGCCGUGACCGUGUUCUUUCUUUCUGUCUGCGCCCUUGGUUCUUCAUUAUUUAGUCUCUUGGGUCAUGCU